AUGAGACAAACAUGCCUGAUAACACUACUGGCACUGGUAACAUCCUUUGCCAGCGUAAAUGGAUUUAUUCUUCCUAGUUCGAGUCCCUUUACGAGCACUCGAUUAUAUGCUGAAUUGCCUGAUAUGGCGAAAAUGAAAGCAUCAGAAAUGAGGAAGGAGCUGGAGAGUUAUGGUAUUUCUACGAAGAGCCUAUUGGAAAAGAGCGAGUUUGUGGAAGCCUUGAAGAAGGCUCGUGCCGAAGGAAAGACACCAGUGAAUGGCACUACAGAUGCAAGCUCUAGCGCCAGCAGCAGCACCAAAGCGGAAUCAUCAUCGUCAUCAUCAUCAACUGAAACGCCACCUGAGUCGUCAUCUGAGUCAUCAGAGACCAGAGAUAAAAGAUAUAAAGAAGCACUGGACAAAGCCAAAAAGAUGAAGGUCGGAGAUCUCAAGAAGGAAUUGGAGGGCCGAGGGAUAUCGACCAAAUCUUUCUUUGAGAAACCAGAGUUCGUGAAGGCAUAUGCUGAAGCGGUGGCCGACAACAAAAAGGGAAAGGGAGGACCGGGUCCACGACCAGAAGAGCCAAGAGAUCCAGCGUUCAAAGAUGUUGUCAUGCAAAAGAUGUCAAAGGGCGCGAUGAUGGGAGAAAGAGUGAUUGAUAUCAUGGUACGGUAG